GUAUGACGACCACAAGAGGGAUCGGAAAUUACUCUCAGGCAGGUAGUGAUGCCGUCCAUGCAAUGGCAAAUAGCAGGUUAAGGUCUCAAUGGAGCUUCUCGAGACAAGAUUCAGUACUGUCGCAGAUCUCUGAGAUGAGCAUUCCGGAGAUAGGGGAGAGCGGCAACAGCUCAGACGAGGCGACCGGUCAUGCGGGACAAUCUUACAUAUCUAGCAACUUGCUAGGUGCCUCGUGGGAGGAUACCAAUUCAAUCAUGUUUUCGUCUCCAGGCAAGCGGGGCAAAGAGAGCAACGGGGAUGUUAUUACCUCUCUCAGUAACUUUGACUCUCAGUUUGGCAUGCCGAAGACAUCAGCAGAGUUCGCCGAUAUGGAGAGGUACCUACAAAUGCACCAAGAUUCUGUCGCUUGCAAAGUCCGUGCUAAGCGCGGAUGUGCAACACAUCCCCGGAGCAUCGCUGAGAGGGAGAGAAGAACAAGAAUCAGCAAAAAAUUGAGGAAGUUGCAAGAUCUUGUUCCUAACAUGGACAAGCAAACAAGCACAUCCGACAUGUUGGAUCUUGCGGUGCAUUACAUCAAAGAGCUGCAGAGCCAGGUCCAGAAGCUAAAUCAAGAACAGGAAAAUUGCACAUGCACGAGCAAGAAGAUUUGAUGUUGAGCCAAUUAAGCUAUUGCUGAAAAACUCUUCAGUACAGUUUUGCUCCAACAAAAAGCGGGUGGAAGAGGCCUGUGAUAUCUUGUAUCUUCUCCUCCUCCUUUUAAUUCCCCUUAUUCCAUCAGUUUGCUUGUUGACUAUAGGCAAUGUUGUUUGGCUAUAGGCAAUGUUGUUUGCUGACACUAUAACAAUAAAAGUAGUUUUGAAUUUCUACUGCAGUUCGGGGAAGCAUGUCAGACUGUAAUAGGUUUCUGUUUGAAUUACUCCUUGUUAAUGUGAAGAAACCAAGGUGGUGUUCUCUUCCUUGUAAUAUUUUUAUUUGUACA